AUGGCCCCGGACGGCGAGGCGCCGAAAGGCGCGGGGGGGGCCGGCCAGGGGGCACCGCCAGGGGCCCGUGAAGGGUCGCAGGAUCUGCGGCAGGCGCUCGUUCAGGAGGCCGUCGCGUUCAUGGCGCACCCCAGGGUCCGAGAUGCCGGCGCGGGGAUCAAGAGGAUGCUGCUCCUGGGCGAGGGGCUGACUGUGCCGGAGGUGGACGAGGCCUUCGACAGGAUUAGGGCAUUCGGGGCGGCCCUGAUACCUCCCAAGCCCCUGGGGGCGGCGGCUGUCCGCAGCCACGUGUCCGAGACGGCCAGCGCCAUCGCCGCCAGCGCGCAGCUCCACGGUGGGCGCCCGCACCUGUCCGCGCCCCAGCCACGGGACGCGGGGGCCCACAGGGAGGACGACGGUUGGGCACAGGUGCGCGCCGCUUGGCCAUUGGCGCGCCGAUUUCGCAAAUGUGCGACGCACGGCGGGGCAGGCUUGCCGCGGCGAGGGCCUACGAGCGAGUGCGGCAUCCCGGGGCGUCGUUUGCUCUUUCCCUUUUGCCGCAGAUGCGUGUGCCUGUCGAGGGAUUCUCUGGGAAGCGCCCGGGGACGCCUGCCAGUCGGGGAUGCCUGCCAGUCGGGGAUGCCCGAUCUUGGUUGCUCUGAGGGCUUGAGCACGGGUCGCCCUGGCAGUGGCCGUGCGGUGUGCUGA